GUAGGGGGGCACCCCCAUCGGGGAGGGAGGGUGGUCCGCAGUGGCCCGGUCCCCGAGUGGCGGAGAGGUGACGGUAACCGCCUUCCCAUUUCCGCCCGGCCGGCCGCGCGUCAGGGUGAGUGCAGCAGAGAGCGUUCGGUCCUGCCUCCGCCCGCCCGCGCCGGGGGCUGGCCUUGCCUCGCCGGCGCCUUUUUCCCCCGCAGCGCGGCGCCGCUUCGCCACUCGGGCACCGCAGGUAGGGCAGGAGGCUGGAGCGCCUGCUGCCCGCCGCCCGUAAGAUGGUCCCCUCGGCUGGACAGCUCGCCUUGCUCGCGCUGGGUCUUCUGUUGGCUGUGUGCCAGGCCCUGGAGAACAGCACGUCCGCCCUGAGUGCAGACCCGCCUGUGGCCGCAGCUGUGGUGUCCCAUUUUAAUGACUGCCCAGAUUCCCACAGUCAGUUCUGCUUCCAUGGAACCUGCAGAUUUUUGGUGCAGGAAGACAAGCCAGCAUGUGUCUGCCAUUCUGGGUAUGUUGGUGCACGCUGUGAGCAUGCCGACCUCCUGGCUGUGGUGGCCGCCAGCCAGAAGAAGCAAGCCAUCACCGCCUUGGUGGUGGUCUCCAUCGUGGCCCUGGCUGUCCUCAUCAUCGCAUGUGUGCUGAUACACUGCUGCCAGGUCCGGAAACACUGUGAGUGGUGCCAGGCCCUCAUCUGCCGGCACGAGAAGCCCAGUGCCCUGCUGAAGGGAAGGACUGCUUGCUGCCACUCAGAGACAGUGGUCUGAAGAGCCCAGAGGGAGUUUGGCCAGGUAGACUGCGGCAGCCUGAGGAAGAAAGGACUUCUUCAGGACGAGCCGACAGACCUUCCUACUCUGCCUGCAAUCACCUGUGCAGCCUUUUUGUCUUUUGUGGGCCUUCCUUCGAAACUCUGUCAAGAACUCUGUCUGCUUGGGGUUAUUUGGUGUGACCUAGAGAAGAAAUCAGUGGACCACAGUUUAAAGACUGGUCAAAAAAGAAUUGCAAAGGGGUGGACUUCCUGUUUACCUAGCUAAGGUGUGUGCAUCUGUCCGCACCUGAGCCCAGGUGUAGGUGUGGUUGCCUUCUGCCGGUCACGGAGGCUGGGCUAUGGUUCUUUUUAAUGGACUCCUGUCCCCACAAUGGUGUCCAUCCUGCCCAAAACUGGAGGUUGCCGUAGUUGCGUUUUUCCUCAUCCGCUUAUUGGAGAAGAAGGCGGAGGAAGGGUAACUGUUUGCCACAUGAAGAUGCCAAGGGUAAGAGGAACUGUGUAUGUCCUCUGUCUCUGUCCGCGAGACCCUCAACCAGCCUGACGUCUUCCACAGACAUACGACGCUGAGGACCUUCCCAAGCCGUCGGCACCCUCGGAGAUAAUUUCUUAUUUAUGAGAUGGAUGAUGGUUUUAUUUUAUCUUUAAUCUCUUAAGUCGAUGUAAAAAGCAUCAAACCUU